CGAGAAGGAGGCGAAGAAGGCAAAGCUCCAUCACCAGCAGCAGCACCAUCAGCACGCUGAGCCGGGGACCCAGCGCCCGCAUCAGCUGCAGCAAACCCCCAAACCGCACGACCUCAGCGCGGACAAGCACGUCCUGCACGUCCGCCGCCACCAGCACAGCAACGGCUUCACCAAUGGCGUGAAAAGCCGCUCACCGGGCUCCUUCCCCGCGCAGAAGAAGCCUGCUCAGCCACCUGAUCUGUUCACGUUCACGCCCCUCACCGUGGUCCAGGCCGGGCCGCAGCGGUUCAAGGAGAAGCGCCGGGAGAAGGAGCUGAAGCUGAGGAAGGAGAACUCUGCGGUUAACGUCACACAUGCACAGCUCAGCAAGAAGAAAACCUGCAUCGUGUCAGAGCCAAGAGCCCACCAGGAGAACGGCAAGUCUCUGACACUGGAGGAGUAUCUCCUGAAGAAGAAGAAGAAAAAGAAGAGGAAGCACCAUGAGGAGGAUCACAAACCCAGGAAGGUCCGGCAUAUGCACCACAGAGCGGUCCAGACCAUCUGUGCAGGUCCUGAAGUUGGGAAUGCUCGUCUGGCUGAUGCCACAAAGCCGAAAAGUCACCAUCAUCACCCCUCCAGAGACUCUCUGAACCCAUCCUACCUGCACGUUCCAAAAGUAGGCCACGCCCCCUUUCUCUCCCAUCAGGAGCACUUCAUCCGCAGCUCCAGCCUCCAGACUGGUACCAAAUACGGACGCUUCAUGCACGAGGAGAGGCAGCCCAACGGUGGGGGGGCGGUGCUGCAUGCUUACGCCGACGAGCUGGCCCGCCUCAGUCCUGACGAGAUGGAGGGAUUUGCCAAGGAGUUCCUGGAGCUGGCCUUCGCCGAAAAGCCCAAGGGCGCAGCGGCCUACGCCCUGUCGGUGGUGCACAGGGCAGCCGCCUACCUGCCCGACUUUCUGGACUACUUCGCCUUCAACUUCCCCAACACCCCAGUCAAGGUGGAGAUACUGGGCAAGAAAGACAUUGAAACCACUACGAUAGGAAACUUUCACUCUCAGGUGAGUCGGACUUACUGUGCAGGAACGUACCGGGCCGGACCCAUGAGGCAGAUCAGCUUGGUGGGAGCCGUGGACGAGGAAGUUGGAGACUUUUUCCCCGAAUUUCUGGACAUGCUGGAGGAAUCGCCAUUUCUCAAGAGGACGCUGCCGUGGGGAACGCUCUCCAGUCUGAAGCUGGGCUGUCGCUCACAGAGUGACGAUGGGCCCAUCAUGUGGGUGCGACCCGGAGAGCAGAUGGUUCCCACCGCGGACAUGCCCAAGUCUCCGUUCAAGCGGCGCAGGUCUAUGAACGAGAUCAAAAACCUGCACUUCCUGCCGAGGACCAGCGAGCCCAGAGAGGUUCUGUUCGAGGACCGGACCAAGGCCCAUGCCGAUCACGUGGGUCAGAGCUUUGACUGGCAGAGCACGGCGGCUGUGGGCGUGCUGAAGGCGGUGCACUUCGGAGACGGGGACACCAAACCCCGGAUAACCAAAGACGUGGUUUGCUUUGAUGCCGGGGAUUUCACGGAGGUGGUGCAGAGGCUGCAGCUGGAUCUGUAUGAGCCUCCAGUCUCUCAGUGUGUCCAGUGGGUGGAUGAUGCCAAGCUCAACCAGCUGAGGCGAGAGGGCGUCCGCUACAUCCGGGCGCAGCUCUGCGACGACGACAUCUACUUCAUCCCCAGGAACGUCAUCCACCAGUUCAAGACCGUGUCCGCCGUCUGCAGCCUGGCCUGGCACAUCCGCCUCAAGCAGUACCGCUCCGAAGACGUCGACAAGAAGGAGGAGCCUCCACUCCCCAGCGACCCCAGCCCCACCUCCGGCCGCGUCUCCCUCUCCUCGCCGGCGAGGCCCGACUCCUCCCUCACCCCGUGCGGGAGGCCCCAGGCGGACGCCCUCCGAGGCGGCGUGGCAAAGACGGAGGAGCCCGAAUUCCAGAGGCCGGCCACACCCACCAGGGAGCUCCAGCCGGCCCCCCCACAGCCCACCAAGUCUGCCCAUCCCCCGUUCCCAGAGCCCCACCCCUUUCUGGCCUCCACGCCCUCAAAGGAGCCCUCCCUGCCAAAGCCUGUAGACCAAACCACAGCGUUCCCAAAGUGACCCCCCACACCCACCCCAACCAGCUCCAGCAUGGAGUUUGAACCUUAAACAGACGUUUAAUCACACUAAAUUAUUGGUCAAAGUUUUGUAACCUCUUAAUGUCUCUGGUUGCUCUUAUUUUCAUUUUUGUACUGUUUAAAGCUAAAUAAUAUAUAUUUUGUUAUUUCAUAUUCCCCGCCUUAUUUAAAGCUUUUGUUGUGUUUCGUCCUUUCAAAAUUGUCCUGGUGUUUGAGCAGUACUAAGAGGCUCGUACACCGGGGGGCGCUCUCAGCUAGGAAACGGGAUUUACACUGCAGACGGUUAGCUUUCUUUCUGUGUAGCCUUGACUUCAGUUUAGUCAUGUGAUCAGUCUGUUUAUCAUGAAGGAAUCGUUGCUUUGAGUCAGAACCAUUGACUGUAUAUGAGAACUGGACUGAAUGACCCUCCCCUCUUGAGCUCCAAUCCCUUCUAUAGUGAAGUAAACAGCUAUUACUUAGUCUAUUCUAUGUGUGUUGCUAAUUUUUUAUUCUUUAUAUUAUUUUCAGCAUUGGAAGUUAUUUACGUAAUAAACUGACCAAUCAGAUGCCUCAAUAAAAGUAGGUUGUCUUACAUCAAAACUUUUGAACUUGAUUAACAGAUUUGUCUGCUUUCACGCGGUAGAGAUGCAGCCUUCAAACUAGCUCACCCCUGAUUGGUAAGAAUAGUUGCCAUGGAAACGUUGGCUUAGACAGACUUGGACUAAUCACUGCUUACUGUUAAUGUCUGGCUC